AUGUGCCCUCUCGCCAUGAUCUCCAAUCAAUUCAACUGCCAUACAAACACUUACCCAUUGGCCAUGAUUUCCAACAUGCUCAGCAGCAACGAUUAUUCCUUCGCUGCUCCUAUCCAAUCUCGCAAGCGCCUGUCCUUCAGCUCGUACCGUCCUGCUUGCGAGGGUCCAGCCUCCAAGAAGCGCAGACGAGUGGUUACCCCCACUCCCGUCGUCCCUGCCAAGAAGUCGGUUCGUUUUGCGGAAGAAAACAACACAUUCGCCUUCAAAAUGGUAAACGUGGAAGACUUGCAGAACGCCUGGUACCAAGCCCGGGAAAUCGCCUCGUUCAAGCAAGACAGCAAGAACACUGUCUACGCAUUCUACCGCGCCAAUGGCGACUACAGCAAGCUCCCCAAAGAACACUGCAUACGAGGCCUCGAGCACGUUGUGACACCCACAGCUGCCAUGGCACAAAAGAAAAGCCGCAAGGAACGCGUCACUGCCGUCUUGUACCAGCAACAACUGCAACGGGACACUGCCACCUCCAAUCCGGAGCUCCUCAAGCUCGUUUCUUCCCUCUUUUCCCAACAAAAGUCUGAAGACGCCGUUCGCAUGGCAGCAGCUGAUUCCACAAUCUGGACAGCACAAUUCUAA